CGCAAAAUCUCGCGGUGUGAAACCGCAAAACAAAUGUGGGAGAAAUUGGAGGUCACCUACGAAGGAACCGCGUAGGUUCAGGAGGCCAAAAUCGACCAUCUCACCCACGAGUACGAACUCUUCUCAAUGAAGGAAAACGAGAAGAUUGAGGAAAUGUUUGAGAGGUUCUCUAACAUCAUUAAUCCUCUCAAUCUUCUCGGGAAGACUUACACCGACCGAGAACUUGUAAGAAAGGUGCUACGAAGCUUAUCCCCAAAAUGGCGUUCAAAGGUGGACGCAAUUGAAGAAGGAUGUGACUUCCAAACAACGACCUAUGAUGCUCAUCGAGGUAACCUCAUUACCUACGAAACCACCCAACUCUCAAAGGUGGUUGAAGAGAAGAGCAAGAGGUCUAUUGCUCUACCCGCAACAACAUCAUCCCACAACAACGUUGAUGAUGAAGAUGAUGACAGCGACGACACCGACCUCGGACUCUUCGUCCGAAAAUUCAAGAAGAUGAUGCUCAAGAGGGGAGCCAAGAAGAACACUCCACCCAAGUGCUAUGGGUGUGGUGAAAUUGGACACAUCAAACCAAUGUGUCCAAAGCUCAAAAACGAGAAGGACAAGAGGGCACCGAAGAAGCAAUGUGCCUACAUUUCUUGGGAGAACGACGGCUCCGGGAGUGAAGACUCGGAAACGGAGGAAGUGGCCAACCUAUGUCUCAUGGCCAUUGAGGAUGGUGAAACAUCAAAAGAGCCGUCAUUAGACCGAUACUCAAGAAAACGCCCUAUGAACUUUACAAAGGAAGAAAGCCUAACCUUUCCUAUUUUCAUGUCUUUGGAUGUAAAGUUUUCAUUCAUAAUAAUGGAAAAGAUAACUUGGGAAAAUUUGAUGCUAAGUCGGAUGAAGGAAUUUUCUUAGGUUAUUCUCUUCGUAGUAAGGCAUAUAGAGUGUUCAACAAGCGUACUAAGACCGUAGAGGAGUCUAUUCAUGUUGUCUUUGAUGAAUUUGAUGCUCGUUUGGCGAGAAAAGGUAUUGUUGAUAAUGUUGCAGGUUCUUAUGAUGAUGAAGAAGAAAUCGUUAAGGAAAAGGAACCAGAAGAAGAGAAAAUGCAGGAACAAACGGAGCUUCCUAAGGAAUGGAGAACAUUGAAGAACCACCCGAUUGACAAUGUCAUUGGUGACAUAACGCAGGGAGUUUCUACUCGUAAUUCUCUUAGGAACACAAUUAAUCACAUGGCCUUUG